CUUCAAGUUAUUUUAGUGUCAAAAAACAAAAAAAGGCGAAGAGAAGUGUCUCAAUGAUUUUGUUGUGCUUUUUGCCAAAUCAGUCGUAAAAAUUCUCCGUAAACUGUUUCGAAGGAAGUCCAAAUCAAAGAAGAGACGCAUGGAGUCAAACCUGGAGAAAGUUCUCAAUCCCAAUCGAAGUUUGUGCGGUCAAUUAUACAAAUAUACCAAUGUCGUUAAAGGCUGGCAGUACCGAUGGUUUACAGUGGACGCCCAGGCGGGUACACUGAGCUACUACUUGUGCGAUACAUCGACACUGAGUGAUGACACAAAUCCUCAUAGCGUUGGAACAGCUCCAACCCCCAAGAAUCAAACGCCCCGGGGACAGGUGCAUUUGGCAUGUGCUGUGGUGUGUCCCAGUGUCGAGGACUCUCGUACAUUUACCAUCAGCUGUGCAUCAGGUGAUACCCUUAAAUUACGCGCUUCGGAUGCAAGAGCGCGUCAGGAGUGGAUAGACGGACUGCGUGCCAUCACGGAAAGCCAUACACUUGCGAUAGCCAACGAUUCUCUGCCAGCGCGUGAGCAUCUGGCAGCCUCGGAUGCCAUGGGAGCAGCCCGACAGCAGCUGCAGGCCACGGAACUGUGCAAUGCUACACUGGCUCGUACCAUUGAGGCUGUCCAACCGCCUCUCAAUCACACUGAUCCGGAUUUGUUGAUGCUGAAGGCACUGUCGGCCGCCAACACGCAGUGCCUCAUCCAGUGCCUGAACCUCCUGCAGCGCUAUUCGGAAAUUCAGGGAGAGACACGUUCAGAGGCGGCUUUUUAGCCUUCGGUGAGAUCAGAAGCCCUGUAGAGGUCAAGUUAUCCAAGCCACAUUUCCUCUCGAAUCGAACCCCAGCUCUCCUUCUGGACCACCAUCAACACAAGGCUUCUCCUCCAACGCACACAAAAACACAUGCCCAGCGCAAGAAUGCUUGGAUCAACGUCCACAAGUAAGUUGAGCAUCAUGUACAAUUCUCUACUUCUUCUUCUUUGCGUUUGGCGCAAGCAAAAUGUGCAAUUCCUUCUAAAAAUAAUUCCAUUUGAGUCUAAUAAAGGUAUUGAUUUGCA